UUCCUAAAUUAGUGUGUUUGGAUGAGCUGACAAAAAAUAAUCUAGCAAAUGGGUUACAACAAUAACACAUUAGUUAAAAGUUAAAUCCCAAACGAGUUAAUCAUGUCUAAAAUAGAAAAACAAAUUAAGUUAAUACAAAAAGGCAGGGUAAAUACUCAAAAAUCUUCCAUGUCCACACAUAUGUAACAAUGUCCUUAAGGAAUGGAGGGAAUUUCCUUUCCACUUCCAAGAUUGUUGGCUGAGAAGGAGAAUAGCCUUUCUUUCUUCUUGUCCAAUCUCUUUGGAAAUACGUCCACCGUACUUAGGGUGUAUACCCUUUAGGACCUUUAGUCUUCAAUGGGAAAGCCACCUCCAUACCAGCCAAAGGAUGUCAUGUUGAACAGUAAUCAAGCUCCCACCACCCUUAGACCUCCUCCUCAGAGGCGACAUGUUCCUCGCUACCAAGACCAUUCUGGUAAAUCCAGUGGAAGUUUUUGUCUAAAAUGUGUCUGCUGUUGUUUUUUCUUCUGGCUUAUUUUGAUCAUCCUUUUAGCUGGUGCUAUUGUUGCUCUUUUCACCGUCUUCGAGCCUGAAAUACCCCAUUACAAAGUUGAACGUUUCGAUGUCAAUACAUUUGAUCUCCAGCAAGAUUUCAGUCUGUAUGCAGAAUUUGUUGUGACUGUUAAAUCUGAAAACCCGAAUCAGCAUAUAGGCUUUCGAUAUGGAAAAGACAGUUCUGUUAUUGUAACGUAUAGAGAUUCUACUUUAUGUAAAGGAAAAGUUCCUGCCUUUCUUCAGCCUACUUCAAACACCACUAUGAUUCGAAUAGUUCUGAAAGGAAAAAGUGCAUUCGGAUCAAAGCUUCAAGAAGCUCUAAUGCAAAACAGAAAUACUGGAAAAAUUCCUUUACUUGUAGAGGUAAAAGCACCUGUUUCUGUCGUGGUUCAAGAUUUCCCUUUCAGACAAGUUACAGUUUUUCUCAAUUGUUCUUUGGUUGUCAACAACUUGUCGCCAAAAACGAAAGCAAAGAUUCUUUCAAGUCAGUAUUGGUAUGCUCUCGAGGUUUAACAAUCUGAUAAACAUCUCUUUUCUCCUUCUUCUUGUUAAUAUAUUCGUCUUUUGCUGCACGGAGGGAAAGCACAUGAGCGUGGAAUGGAAGAGAUUGGGAAUAUCGACAAAUGAAAUAUACAUAUAUAAGCAUUUUGCAGGUGUAGAUAUUGUAUAAUAUAGGCUCUUGUCCGAAUUGAAAUUUGUAUAUGUGGUGUUUCUUGAGAGAAAUGUCAAUUUCUUGUAAUAUGUCUCACCCACUUGCCAUUGUUUUCACAAUUCAGAAUUAGAAAUGUUCAAUAUUUAUUUCUUGAUCCUCCA